UAAGCGAGGAAGCUAUCGGAGCGGUUGCUGGGGGGCCUGCUUGGUUUCCGAGGCUCCGGAGUUAAGGUCCGAAAGGAGAAUGGCCCCCAGCCAGGCGAGGAAGAGGUCCAGGAGCAAGAGCAGGAGUAACUCUCGGAGCAGGCAAGACGUGGAAAAGAGGAAGGAGAAGAGGAAGAGGAGCAAAGACUCCCGGGAAAGGAGAAGCCCCUCUCCUGCCUGCAAGAGAGGACUUGAAUCUCAAAGGCCCAGGAAGCAUUCGGCCUCCUCAAAAGAAGGGAAAAAGAAGAAAAAGGAUAAGAAAAGGAGAAAAGCCAGUACUGCUUCUUCCUCGGACACAACCACCUCCUCCUCUUCUUCUGGGUCUUCUUCCUCCUCUGACUCCUCUGUGGAAGAGUCAAGCAAUGGUGAGCCAAAGCCCAAGAGAAAGAAGCAGAGCAAGAAGAAACUGGCCAAAGAGAAAGAGAAAAAGAAGAGGAAGAGGAGGAAGAAGAAGAAGAAAGCCAAAAAGAAAUCAAACAAGAAACUGAAGGAGAGGGUGAAAGAGGGGAAGCCCAGGGGAGAAGAGCCGCCUGGCCCUUCCCUGGAGCAGUGGCAGAAAGAGACGCCGGUGGAACCUGGCCCAGCCCUGACAGAUGAGCAGAAGUCCCGCAUCCAGGCCAUGAAGCCUAUGACAAAAGAGGAAUGGGAUGCCCGGCAGAGCGUUAUAAGAAGAGUUGUUGAUCCUGAGACGGGAAGAACAAGACUUAUUAAGGGAGAUGGUGAAGUCCUAGAGGAGAUCGUUACUAAGGAAAAACACAAAGAAAUCAACAAGCAAGCUACCCGGGGAGAUGGCCUUUCCUUCCAGAUGAAGAUGGGGAUGCUACAGUAAUGGGGUAGCCCUACGACAUGCCGAAGACAGCUGCCUUCCCAGACACAAAGGCUUUGGAGCUUGUCUGGAGAGCAACGGGCAGACCACGAGGCUCCAACCUACAGCUGCUGCUCAGAUACGUUGCCUGGGAGCAGGCCUCCCCCUCUGAGAAGUUACCUUGGUCCUGCAUGAUGCUUUCUGCUCACAGCUUGACCCAUUGUCCAGCCAGAGUCCCCUUGGUAGCAAACUCGAAGAGUUUGUUCCCCCAAAGGAAAAGGAGAGUGGGGAAAACGGAACAAAAACUAAGGAAGGUUAGUAUUGAGAGGGUCUGACAAAAUAAGUAUUGGAGAUCCAUGAUCUCCAAGGUAGCCAGACAAACCGGAAUGGCUGCAGCUAAGCCCUGCCUACUGAGAACGUGGAGGGCGGAGCAAAUUCUGCCCGACUUCCUCCUCACACAUUGCAGAGGCGACACUUCAUUUAGGUAAAAGGAAGGGGGAAAGAUGUCCUCCAUGCUAUGAUUGCUACACUACUUAACUCCUGAAACAGCUAAGAUUUGGGCUUGGCCCCAGAGCUUGGUUCAUCACUGAAAUGCGCACCGCUUGGCUUUUGCAUGAUGGUUGUAGAGCAGUAGGGCUCUGGUUGCUCUUUUGGGAUCAGACGUCAUCUCAGAGUUGCAGUUGGGGGUGGAGGUGGGGCUGUUGAGUCAGCACAGAAUAACCCCCUACAGUCUUUUCUGAAUGAAGAAAAUCUGGCUAGCAUAUCAAAAAAUAUACCAGACUCCCUAGGGCUGUAGGGGAGCAAUGAGGAGCGUAGUUGCUUAAGCACCAGCCAUACCAAAAAUGUGCACUUUUUGUUGUGGAAGGGGUGGGUGGGGACGGGUGUCUCUGUGUAUGUGUUGUUAACUCUGGUCUGAAUCCAGCCUGUGGUAGGCUGCCCCCUGCCCAAUUAAAUGCCACAGAACCUGAUCAACUGACAGCAUCCCUUGCAUCUUUCCAACUGGCUUUAUGUCAGCACGAAAGAAACAUUGUAAUAUACAAGGGGGAAGGCACAGAGCAGCAGAUGCAAAACCGGAUGGGUGUUUAUUGCUGACCCUGGAGAACAGCAAUAAUGCUGCAAAAGGCUGCCCCCCCGCCCAAGUCCAGAUGUCUGUUAGAAAAGGUUCGAUGUUAUCAGAGAUGCUGGGCUGUGAGUCAUUUCCCUUUUACUGCCUGGGCGCUAAAAGUCCACUUCUGUUGCACUCCACCUCUAGCUUGGGUUCAGGCUGAGGCAGUGCCUAAAAAUAGCAACUCUGGGCCCGUUUAUGUGCUAGUGAUGCCCCACUCCAGCUUCCCUGGUUCUUCAGUCGCCACUGCCCUGGACACAGUUCUACCUUAUAGCUGAAAUCGUCUUCAGCCAAGGCUGAUAACGCUUUUGUCACAGGGCUAAACACCAAGUUGUUCUGCAACUCAAGCCUCCUACUUUUAGAGAAACACAUGCGUUGAGAACAUGACUCCUAAACAGAAGAGUGCAUGUUAAAACUUAACAUCUGUUUGCUAUGCGAGCGUGGCUAUGCGUUCAGGUGUCACUCCUGCAAGGAAUUCAGACAGCCCCUGAGUUGGUAGGAAAUGGGUUUGUGGACUCUUUCACAUGCUUUCUCCGUAACAUGAGGGGAUCGCAGGUGUGGUGUGUGCCAACUUUUUGUGCAGUGGCCAGUUAUGAUUUAUUGAGGGUCUUCUGCUAAUUUUUUUUGUUUUGUUACUUCCACACACACACACCAUCCCGUUUGGGCAGAACUCUUACCUGAGCAAACCUCUACACCAAAGGAGUGUCUGAACUAUCCUUAGAAGGGAGAAGGCGGCUGUCUUAACUGAUUGCUCAUGACCUCUGCUCCUUUGGGAAUCAAACAAGUGUUGAGUGUGUUUGUGUGAACUUCAGCAUCGUCUAAAACAACUUAAAUAACUUUAUCUCUUGUGGAUUAUUCUCUCUGCAAUGAACAGUAACUCAUGCUGGCAUCGUUCCAAAAGGAAAUCUAAAAGAAGAGGGGGGGGGGAAGCAUUUAAUAUUUUAAACAGAUCUUGGGUGCAUGCUUUGAAAGUUAAACACAUUUGAGUUCCAUUGAUUCUGACCUGAGCAGAACUUUAAAAUGCUUAACUUUGGCUAGGUGGUGCUCCUACAGUUUUUGGUUUAGUUUUCGAAAACAAAUGCUUUUUGUUCAGGCUUACCUCUAAGCUAAUCCAGCUAAUGGCACUAUUGUAGGGCAGAAACGGCUUGUAGUGUGUUGAUACUGCUUGUGCAAAAUCUGUCCAUUAAAACACCUCCCUUGAAAAUUA